UGCGCACUCCCGUCCGUCGCGUGGUGAACUUCCAUAUUGUUGCUGUAUGUUGAAUUAUAUUCGAUAUUUUAAAGGGGUGCUCCUCUGUUUCUUAUACCGAGAUGUGUUAAAUGCAAGUGGAAACUCUCAUUUUUAUAUUGAGGCUAAUUUGGUGUAGGUUUUGAGUGAAGAAAGACCAAAAAAUCGUUUAAUUGCGCAGUGCAACACAGUUCGGGUUCCCAGGCUGAAGGCGAAUUUGGGGGUAACGUUGGUCUAGCUAUCGCAAACUCGCCCAGCGAGGAUUAGACAGAGGAGGGAAAGGGGAAAUGGCCACUCAGGUGGACACUCUCUUACCCGGCAAUCCUCUAACGAAACCGGAGGAGCAUGGACAUGCAAGCGGUGAAAAUCCUGGAGAUGACAGCAUGGAGCAUGUGGCGAAGCGGACGUCUAAUGCAGACACUGACGCCCAAGCGGAGAAAGACGGAAAAUGCAGCCAGAAGGACCUGGCCGUGGCACCCCCUCCGAAGGUGAACCCAUGGACUAAGAAAAAUAAUGCUGUGUCCGUGGUCAAUGUGAACGGACAACCCAGGCAAGAAGCAUCUCCACCAGCCAGGGUGGUGCGAGCUGGAGCCCCACGACCAAAGAGAGGUGGGAAGGUUGGAGAUUUUGCUGAUACCAACAGCUGGCCUACCCCAGGAGAAAUUGCAUCUAAAGACAUGCAGGCCCCCAGAAAAGCCAUCAGCAAGAAAGAGGAAAAUAAAGCUGGAGAGAGAGAAGAGGAGGAGAGCAAGGAGAACCUGGAGGAGACCAUGGAGGAGAGGAGCAGAGACGACGGCCCUCACAAAGCGCAGAGGAGGAGAGGUAACAAACACAAGUGGGUUCCCCUGGUGAUCGAGGUUGCCUCGGAGGGGCCCCGCGAACGCUCCGCCUCCCGGAACAACGCCCGGCAGAACGAGCCUGCCAAGACUCCCACCCCCAGGAACGACCUCAGCGACUGGCACAGCGGGAAAUAUGAGCGGGAGUGGAGGGAUGACCAGGAUGAGGUGUCGAGUGUGAAGAGCGAGGGCUCCCCCUUCCGCGGUGGAUACAGGGGGCGUGGCCGGGGAAGAGGACGAGGCAGGGGGCGGGGCAGGGGCGGAGGCAGAGGACACUACGAGCACCAAUAUGUGUACAAGCCCUAUGAAGGGAAGGAGGGAACAUACAGCCAAAAGUUCAACAACAGCAGCAGCAUGACAUACUACUACGAUCACAUGAGCAACAGUGAGCUGUACACCGUGGACCAGGGCCUGCUGAAGGACUACAUCAAGCGGCAAAUCGAGUACUAUUUCAGCGUGGGGAAUCUGGAGAGAGACUUCUUCUUGCGGCGGAAGAUGGACGCAGAGGGCUUCCUGCCCCUCACCCUCAUCGCCGGAUUCCACCGAGUGCAGGCGCUCACCACCGACCUCAGCCUCAUCCUGGAGGCUCUGAAGGACAGCAAGGUGGUGGAGUGUGUUAACCUGAAGGUCAGGGCUAAGGAGGAGCCAGAGAAGUGGCCCCUCCCUGGCCUCUCUGUGUCCGGCCACACCCACACCGACUUCUCCCGGCUCAUAGACUGCCCCGAAUUCAUCCCCCGUCAAGCCUGCCAAGAACAGACAGUGGUUCCAGUGGACUUCUCUCCUGAGCUGCGCCAGAGUGAGGACCUGGGGUCCCUGAAGGCUACGCCCAAAGGGCUGUCUGCCAGCCUGCCUGACCUGGACUCGGACUCCUGGAUCGAGGUGAAGAAGAGGCCACGCCCAUCACCUGCCAGACCAAAGAAGCCAGAGGAGGCCCGGUCACACCCUGGCCCUUCCCCUGGGGCGGAGCCAGAGGCUGAGGAGCUGGACUUCCUCUUCGAUGAAGAGAUGGAGCCACAGAUGGACGGCCGGAGAAACACCUUCACCGACUGGUCGGACGAGGACUCGGACGGCGAGAUCGACGACCACGACGUAAACAAGAUCCUCAUCGUGACCCAGACGCCGCCCUACCUGCGCAAGCACCCCGGCGGGGACCGCACCGGCAACCACACCUCCCGCUCCAAGCUCACCGCCGAGCUGUCCAAGGUCAUCAACGACGGGCUGUACUACUACGAGCAGGACCUGUGGGAAGACAGCAACGAGCCCGAGUACACCACCAUCAAGCAGGAAGUUGAGAACUUCAAGAAGGUGCAUCUGAUAAGCCGGGAGCAGUUUGACUGCCUGGCCCCCGAAGCGCCGGUUGACCCCCAUCAAGAAGUUCCCCCCGGACCCCCACGUCCCAGUCAGAUCCCCACAGACGAUUUGGCAAACAAACUGUUUGGAGCCCCAGAACCAUCGACAAUCGCCCGCUCCCUACCGACGACGGUGCCCGAGUCCCCCGUCCACCGCAGCACCCGCACACCCCGAACGCCCCGCACCCCACGGCUAAAGGACCCCACACAGACGCCCCGCUUCUACCCUGUGGUGAAGGAGGGGCGGCCUGUCGAUGCCAAGACUCCGCUGAAGAGGAAGACGCGCCACAGUGCUAACCCCCCCAUGGAGAGCCAUGUGGGCUGGGUGAUGGACUCCCGCGAGCAUCGGCCCCGAACCACGUCUGUCAGCUCCAAUGCCAGCCCUUCUGAGGGCACCCCAGCCCUGGGAAACUAUGGGUGCACGCCGCAGUCCCUCCCCAAAUUCCAGCACCCGUCCCACGAGCUGCUGAAGGAGAACGGCUUCACCCAGCAUGUGUACCACAAGUACCGCCGACGCUGUUUGAACGAGCGCAAGCGCCUUGGCAUCGGCCAGUCUCAGGAGAUGAACACGCUUUUCCGCUUCUGGUCCUUCUUCCUGCGCGACCACUUCAACCGGAAGAUGUACGAGGAGUUCAGACAGCUGGCCGUGGAGGAUGGGAGAGAGGGGUACAGGUACGGGCUAGAGUGUCUGUUUAGGUAUUUCAGCUACGGACUGGAGAGGAAGUUUAGACCCGACGUAUUCACAGACUUCCAGGAGGAAACCAUGAAGGAUUAUGAAGCUGGCCAGCUGUACGGCCUUGAGAAGUUUUGGGCAUUCCUGAAAUACUCCAAGACGAAAAACAUGGAAAUCAACUCCAAAUUGCAGGAAUAUCUGAGCAAAUUCAAACGAUUGGAGGAUUUCCGAGUGGAUCUGCCGAUGGAGGAUGGGGGCCGCCGCCGCCACCCCCCUUACCCCGUCGGCCAAUCGGAUGCCGGCUCCGUCCACCCCGCGCAGGGCGCCCCCAAAGAGGACCGCAAAUCCACGACUCACAGAGGCGCAGCAUCCGAUCGCAAACCCCAGCAGUGACCUGCCUCCUUCGCUUAUCGCCACGGGCUCCACAGUGCUGAUGCUAACAUAGACAUGCCUGGUGCUAACGAGGACCUCUCCAGAGCGCACACACACACACACACACACACACACACACACAUACACAUACACACACACACACACAUACACACACGCCCCAGGGCUAAUGAGGACCUCCCCAGGCCACAUACAUCCCAGCGCUAAGGAGGACCUGUCCACUGCACACAUCCCAGCGCUAAGGAGGACCUGUCCACUGCACACAUCCCAGUGCUAAUGAGGACCUGUCCACUGCACACAUCCCAGUGCUAAUGAGGACCUGUCCACUGCACACAUCCCAGUGCUAAUGAGGACCUGUCCACUGCACGCAUCCCAGUGCUAAUGAGGACCUGUCCACUGCACACAUCCCAGUGCUAAUGAGGACCUGUCUACUGCACACAUCCCAGCGCUAAGGAGGACCUGUCCACUGCACACAUCCCAGUGCUAAUGAGGACCUGUCCACUGCACACAUCCCAGUGCUAAUGAGGACCUGUCCAAUACACACAUCCCAGUGCUAAUGAGGACCUGUCCACUGCACACAUCCCAGUGCUAAUGAGGACCUGUCUACUGCACACAUCCCAGUGCUAAUGAUGACCUGUCCAAUACACACAUCCCAGUGCUAAUGAUGACCUGCCCAGGCCACACACAUCCCAGUGGUAAGGUUGGCAUGGCCACAGCACGCACGUCCUCAUGCUAACGAGGGCCUGUCCUAACAGCACGCGUCUCUGUGCUAAUGCUAACAUGGGCCUGACCCGACCAACACAUCCCCAGCGCUAAUGUGGACCUGUCCGGACCUUUCACCGCUUAAAGCCUCAGGAUUGAGAAUCAAGGUUCUUCCUAUUAAAGACUUUUAAAAUAAGGAAUAUAUACAUGCUUUUUUUUAAUAGUUUAUUUUUAAACAUUUCCCAGUGGAGACGCCCACAGGUGCGGAUGGAUGGGGACCUGUGUUUUGUGCUUGGUUUUCCUUUACUUUUCGGGUUUCUCUUUCACGUUUUUGGAGGGUGUGGGGAAGGUCCCCAUCCCGCACCAUCAUGCUGGCCAGAGGACAGGGAGCUACCUCCCCUGCAACAUUUCAUGGACUCUUGGGCUGAACCUUUACUGGAUUGGUUGGGAACAGAGAACUCAAAACUCACCCUGGGACCCUAUCUUGCCUUACAGUCAGCCUGGCUCUUCUAUGCUACCAUCCCCCGAUGCUAAAAACCUGCAGCCCCCCGCCACCCGCCCCCCCCAAUACUUUUCCUCCCCUAACUACAACCUCUCAUAUCCCAGUGAGCCCCCAUACCCUCCCACCCCUAACUACAGCUUCUCGUACCCCAGUGAACCCCCAUACUCUCGCACCCCUAACUACAACCUCUCAUAUCCGAGUGAACCCCCAUACUCUCCCACCCUUAACCUCAGCCUCUUGUACCCCAGUGAACCCCCAUACCCUACCACCCCUAACUACAGCCUCUCAUACCCCAGUGAACCCCCAUACUCUCCCACCCCUAACUACACCCUCUCAUAUCCCAGUGAACCCCCAUACUCUGAGCUGAAUACUUGAGAAAGGAUUAUUUCACAGAUGACCUUCUGCUGCUGGUGCUUUGGGCAAAUCCAUGGGGCCUCCCGGCAUCACCCCCACCCCCAUCCCCCCAUCUUACAUCUGCUUACCAUUUAAAAUCAUAUUGGGAUAAUUACUUGGAUUUAUGGGCAAAACAAAAUCUUUGCCUUUUUGUAUAUAUGUGUUUUAUUCUCUUUUUUUAAAGAAAUGGUGUCAUGUAAUCUUUUAAUGCUUUUAGGUUUCUUUUUGUGGAGUUCUAAAUUCUUUUUCUGCUAAUGAAAUGUGCUGAUGUGCUAAGCGUUGCAUAUGCAAGUUGAAGUGGGCAAAGUUCUGACCAUCAAAGGGAAACUGAAAUUAGAAGUCUGCACAAAGCUGGUUUUUUUUAAUUUUUUAAAAAGCCCAUCUGUUUACAAAAGUGUUUGCUGACAUCGUGUCCAUCCAGCAAUAGCUGGAGUCAGAUAUGAGGACUUCUGUGAACUCCUGCCACACACACACACACACGCACACAAACACUUGGUCAUGCAAACAAGCACAGGCUUCCAAAAGCACACACAGACCCACUUGCACCAAGGAGCCACCCUGCUUCCUUUCAGCGUGUCCAGCCUCAAAAUGUGUUGUGUCUGUUGGUGUUCCUGUAAAAGCACUCAUGGCAGAAACAAAAACUUGUGUUAUUGGUUCCAUUUUUGGUCUCGAGUGCUUUUUACCAUCAAGGUUGAAUAUAUCCAUGCUGAAAGAGAAAAGCUUGAGCAGAAUAGUAUUUCAGUAAACAAUACCCUGGGUAACACUAAGGAGCAGCGCAAUCACAAAGUGAUUCAUCUCAAAUCUUUUACUUGGAAUUCCAAACCUCCCCAUUGGCCCAUAAUCCUCUAUGGCAGUAGUUAGGGGCGUGGCCUAUGGAGGAAAGUAGCAGUGUUUUUUUUUCUGUUGGGCUGCGGGAGCCACAAGUGGCAGAAAGCCAUAAUUAAUAAUCCAGCAUAGUGUCUAUAUUUCAUCACCAUAAAAGAAAAUCCAAGGCGUAAAAAAAUUAAUUAAAUUUAAAGAACGUAAUCUAUUGGACAAAUGUAAAAUACUUGAAUGAGAUCCUGUGUUUAAAAAAAAAACAAAAAACAUUUAUUAUUCAUAUCUGCUUUGUAGGCUGAUGUGAUUGGCUGUUGGUGUUAUUUGUAAUUUAGUAAUUAUGCUUUUCCUUAAAUAAAACUCACCAAAAAAACCUUAAAUACAA